AUGCGGGGAGCUCUCAGAGUUAGUAACGUUACAGUAGAAUUCACUUUCAAUGCGGGGAGCUCUCAGACCCUGCUGUCCCCCAGGGCACCACCAGCCCUGCAGUCUCCCAGGGCACCACCAGCCCUGCUGUCCUCAACGGCACCACCAGCCCUGCUGUCCCCCAGGGCACCACCAGCCCUGCUGUCCCCCAGGGCACCACCAGCCCUGCUGUCCCCCAGGGCACCACCAGCCCUGCUGUCCCCCAGGGCACCACCAGCCCUGCUGUCCCCCAGGGCACCACCAGCCCUGCUGUCCCCCAGGGCACCACCAGCCCUGCUGUCCCCCAGGGCACCACCAGCCCUGCUGUCCCCCAGGGCACCACCAGCCCUGCAGUCUCCCAGGGCACCACCAGCCCUGCUGUCCUCAACGGCACCACCAGCCCUGCUGUCCCCCAGGGCACCACCAGCCCUGCUGUCCCCCAGGGCACCACCAGCCCUGCUGUCCCCCAGGGCACCACCAGCCCUGCUGUCCCCCAGGGCACCACCAGCCCUGCUGUCCCCCAGGGCACCACCAGCCCUGCUGUCCCCCAGGGCACCACCAGCCCUGCUGUCCCCCAGGGCACCACCAGCCCUGCUGUCCCCCCAGGGCACCACCAGCCCUGCUGUCCCCCAGGGCACCACCAGCCCUGCUGUCUCCCAGGGCACCACCAGCCCUGCUGUCCCCCAGGGCACCACCAGCCCUGCUGUCUCCCAGGGCACCACCAGCCCUGCUGUCCCCCAGGGCACCACCAGCCCUGCUGUCCCCCAGGGCACCACCAGCCCUGCUGUCUCCCAGGGCACCACCAGCCCUGCUGUCCCCCAGGGCACCACCAGCCCUGCUGUCCCCCAGGGCACCACCAGCCCUGCUGUCCCCCAGGGCACCACCAGCCCUGCUGUCCCCCAGGGCACCACCAGCCCUGCUGUCCCCCAGGGCACCACCAGCCCUGCUGUCUCCCAGGGCACCACCAGCCCUGCUGUCUCCCAGGGCACCACCAGCCCUGCUGUCUAUAAGAUAUUGCAGACUGUGAAGGCCAUGCAGGACAUGGACCUUGCCUCGGAGGAGACUGAUUUUGAGGACUAUGUAAUGGACCCCACCAGGUUGGCAGCCUGGGCAGACCUGGGCAGACCUGGGCAGACCUGGGGAGACCUGGGCAGACCUGGGGAGACCUGGGGAGACCUGGGGAGACCUGGGGAGACCUGGGCAGACCUGGGCAGACCUGGGCUAGACCUGGGAGACCUGGGGAGACCUGGGCAGACCUGGGCAGACCUGGGCAGACCUGGGGAGACCUGGGGAGACCUGGGCAGACCUGGGCAGACCUGGGCAGACCUGGGGAGACCUGGGGAGACCUGGGCAGACCUGGGCAGACCUGGGCAGACCUGGGGAGACCUGGGGAGACCUGGGGAGACCUGGGGAGACCUGGGCAGACCUGGGGAGACCUGGGGAGACCUGGGCAGACCUGGGCAGACCUGGGCAGACCUGGGGAGACCUGGGCAGACCUGGGCAGACCUGGGCAGACCUGGGCAGACCUGGGGAGACCUGGGGAGACCUGGGGAGACCUGGGGAGACCUGGGCAGACCUGGGCAGACCUGGGGAGACCUGGGCAGACCUGGGCAGACCUGGGCAGACCUGGGGAGACCUGGGCAGACCUGGGCAGACCUGGGGAGACCUGGGGAGACCUGGGGAGACCUGGGGAGACCUGGGCAGACCUGGGGAGACCUGGGCAGACCUGGGCAGACCUGGGGAGACCUGGGGAGACCUGGGCAGACCUGGGCAGACCUGGGGAGACCUGGGGAGACCUGGGGAGACCUGGGCAGACCUGGGCAGACCUGGGGAGACCUGGGGAGACCUGGGGAGACCUGGGCAGACCUGGGGAGACCUGGGGCAGACCUGGGCAGACCUGGGGAGACCUGGGGAGACCUGGGGAGACCUGGGCAGACCUGGGCAGACCUGGGCAGACCUGGGGAGACCUGGGCAGACCUGGGCAGACCUGGGCAGACCUGGGGAGACCUGGGGAGACCUGGGCAGACCUGGGCAGACCUGGGGAGACCUGGGGAGACCUGGGGAGACCUGGGCAGACCUGGGCAGACCUGGGGAGACCUGGGGAGACCUGGGGAGACCUGGGCAGACCUGGGGAGACCUGGGCAGACCUGGGCAGACCUGGGGAGACCUGGGCAGACCUGGGGAGACCUGGGCAGACCUGGGCAGACCUGGGCAGACCUGGGGAGACCUGGGGAGACCUGGGCAGACCUGGGGAGACCUGGGGAGACCUGGGGAGACCUGGGCAGACCUGGGCAGACCUGGGCAGACCUGGGGAGACCUGGGGAGACCUGGGGAGACCUGGGGAGACCUGGGGAGACCUGGGGAGACCUGGGCAGACCUGGGGAGACCUGGGGAGACCUGGGGAGACCUGGGGAGACCUGGGCAGACCUGGGGAGACCUGGGCAGACCUGGGCAGACCUGGGCAGACCUGGGGAGACCUGGGGAGACCUGGGGAGACCUGGGCAGACCUGGGGAGACCUGGGGAGACCUGGGGAGACCUGGGGAGACCUGGGCAGACCUGGGCAGACCUGGGGAGACCUGGGGAGACCUGGGCAGACCUGGGCAGACCUGGGGAGACCUGGGCAGACCUGGGGAGACCUGGGGAGACCUGGGCAGACCUGGGCAGACCUGGGCAGACCUAGGGAGACCUGGGGAGACCUGGGCAGACCUGGGGAGACCUGGGGAGACCUGGGGAGACCUGGACCUGGGGAGACCUGGGCAGACCUGGGGAGACCUGGGGAGACCUGGGGAGACCUGGGGAGACCUGGGGAGACCUGGGCAGACCUGGGCAGACCUGGGGAGACCUGGGGAGACCUGGGCAGACCUGGGGAGACCUGGGGGGACCUGGGCAGACCUGGGGAGACCUGGGGAGACCUGGGGAGACCUGGGCAGACCUGGGGAGACCUGGGCAGACCUGGGCAGACCUGGGCAGACCUGGGGAGACCUGGGGAGACCUGGGGAGACCUGGGCAGACCUGGGGAGACCUGGGGAGACCUGGGGAGACCUGGGCAGACCUGGGCAGACCUGGGGAGACCUGGGGAGACCUGGGCAGACCUGGGCAGACCUGGGCAGACCUGGGCAGACCUGGGCAGACCUGGGGAGACCUGGGCAGACCUGGGGAGACCUGGGGAGACCUGGGGAGACCUGGGCAGACCUAGGGAGACCUGGGCAGACCUGGGGAGACCUGGGGAGACCUGGGGAGACCUGGGCAGACCUGGGGAGACCUGGGGAGACCUGGGGAGACCUGGGCAGACCUGGGCAGACCUGGGGAGACCUGGGGAGACCUGGGCAGACCUGGGCAGACCUGGGCAGACCUGGGCAGACCUGGGCAGACCUAGGGAGACCUGGGCAGACCUGGGGAGACCUGGGCAGACCUGGGCAGACCUGGGAGACCUGGGGCAGACCUGGGGAGACCUGGGGCAGACCUGGGCGAGACCUGGGCGCAGACCUGGAGAGACCUGGAGAGACCUGGGCAGACCUGGGGAGACCUGGGGAGACCUGGGGAGACCUGGGCAGACCUAG